CGUCAUCAGCGUCCAACAACAACAGUGAAGCAAAACCAAGCAAGCAAAAAGUCAAACACACACACACACACACACACCCACACACACACACACACACACACACACACAACAGCAACGACUUUAAACGUGUGCAUUCGCUCCACUUCGCUGCGUGCGUGUUUUGUCCCACCAACUGCUGACUGAGGGAAAGCAUCGUGUGCCUGGCCUCGUUGUUGUUGCUGUUGGUGUUUCCCCCCGUCCGCACCUUGCUGUCAACCAGGCUGAGAAAACCGAGGAGGAGCCAUGGUGCGCCGCGGCAACAGUGUCACGGACACGACAGAGGCCUUUGAGAUGCAGCACAACCCUGACCCUGUUCGUCAGCCGAGCAUGCGGUCCCGCUCGGGGUCGAGCAACCUCCGCCGUCGAUCGAUGACGGAGCGCAAGGCAUCCUCCAACGCCCAGUCGCGCCAGUUCGAGCGCCGCAGAGCGGACCAGGUUCGCAUCUGGAGUGAGAACCGGCCGUUCUUUGCGGCCAAGGCGGGCCUACUCAAGGUCCUGCAGAAGUUUGAGGAGUCCAGCUUCGCCUCCCAUGAGGAGCGGGUUGACUUCUACGUGAACAACCGCGACCCCGUUGGCGCGACGGUGCUGCACGUGACCAUCCUCUGCGAAUCCCUCGAUGUCGCCAAGUACCUCAUCAAGACCUACGGCGCCAAGCUUGUGCGCCAGCCCUACGAGUCCACCCCACCCUCCCCCUACGAAGGAGAGACCGCCCUGCACCUGGCCAUCGUCAAGCGCCAAUAUGAACUGGCCAAGAUGCUCGUGCAGUACGGCGCCGACAUCAACGCCCACACCACAGGCACGUUCUUUGACCAAGAGAUCUCUGUGGACAAGGGCCUGUACUUUGGCAGCACGCCGCUGCACUUUGCCGUCUGCUCCGGCGAUCUACGCAUGGCCGAGUACCUCCUCAACCACAACGCAGACGCCUCCCUCCCGGAUUCGUACGGCAACACGGCGCUGCACUUGUGCGUGGUGUAUGAGGACCAGGCCAUGUACGACCUUGUUGCCAGCCGCGACCAGGCCUUCGAGGGCAAGCUGAGGGUUGCGCGCAACAACGACGGGCUGACGCCACUGAAGCUGGCUGCCAGUCUUGCCAGCGCCACCAUGUUCAAGCACAUCCUCCACCGCAACCGCGAACUCAACUGGGCUUUCGGACCCAUCAAAGAGUACCUGUACCCGCUGAAGGAGCUCGACAGUGUGGAGAAGGAAGGUGUUCUCGACAUUCUCGUGCAGCAUGGGUCUCUCGAGCACGCAACCCUUCUCAAGCUCCCGCCGCUCCACGACAUGCUGGCGGAGAAAUGGUCCCGGUUUGCCAAGUUUGCCUUUGGCUGUUUCAUCAUGAUCUACAUGGUCGUCAUCGCCUGCCUCAUUGCCGCGCUGUACCUGACCCAGGAGCCCAACUCGUACUCGUCCACGCAGGAUCUCGCCCGCCUCCUCCUCGAAAUCAUCGUCGUCUUCUGGGUCACCGUCGACACCGUCGCCUUCGAAAUCCCAGAGCUUGUGCGCUACGUGCGUCACGGCAUACGCCCGAGCCAGCUGUAUGCCGGGUCGUUUGUGUUUGUGAUGAGCAACUGGCUGUUCCGCGCCAUGCUGGUCAUCUGCAUUGUUCUCCGCGUCAGCGAUGCCCAAGCGAACGUCCAGCGAACCUUCCUCAGCUUCCUCGCAGUGCUUGGCAUGCUGUAUCUGCUGCAUUUCGCCCGUGGUGUGCGCGCAUUCUCCAAGUUCAUUCUCAUGACCGAACGCAUGGUCAUCGACAUGCGGUUCUGGACGAUUGUGUUUGCGGUGGAGCUCGUUGGCUUCGCCCUCGGCUUCCAGCUCCUCUUCAACAACCACGACCCGCACACUGGCCCGAUUGACCUCGAGACGAUGUGGAUUGGCAUGUUCACCCUUGUCAAGUGGACCAUGGGCGAGUUCAACUUCACCUCCAAUGAGGUUGAGGUCUCUAUUUCGCAGCCCGCAUCCUACAUCCUCUUCAUCGGAUUCGUCAUCCUCUCCUCCACUGUCCUGUUCAACAUCCUCAUUGCUCUCAUGACAUCGACCUUCCAAACCUACGACGCGGAAGCAACCACCCUUUCCACCAUGCAGUGGGCGACGACGAUUAUCAGCAUCGAGUACAAGCUGCGUCGCAUUGGCGUCUACAGCAAGAAGUGGCGCACAGGAACACCUGGGGAGGACUGCGGUGGCCGUCCAAACGAAUUCUACAAGGUGACGCUGGUGUACGAUGCGCCAGACAAGGCAAAGCGCGACAGCGAAGGCGGUGUCUCUCCCACAAAGCACGAAGCCAAGAAGCACGUUCCAGGAUACCCGAGCACAUACCACGACCGCAACGUGGACCGGUGGGACACCAUCAUGCGUCGGGUCAACAGCGACAGCCCGAGCGGAAACUACAUUGAGGACUACUCUGAGAUGGUGUCGAUCUUUGAGCUGUAUGAGGUGAUGGAGCAGCGAAGCGUCAAUCGUGAGACCGCCGCUUUUAUUCUUCAGGACCUCGUCUUCAACAACGCCCUCAACCCAACAGAGGAGCUGAAGAACACGGUGCUGAAGGCGUCGCAGGUCGUGGCCGCGGAACUCGACCCGGAUGGCGAUGAUGACAUUCCGUACGAGACGCUGGCGACAUUCUGCCGGCUGAGCCGCAUGUCGCUGAUCCAGCGCAAGAACAGUUACGAGACGCGACGCCACGCCCUCAUCGUGGUCGACUGCCAGAACGAUUUCACCGCAAACGGCGCCGUCCCCGUCACGGGCUAUCACAAGCGCAACGUCAUCAACCAAAUCAACGCCCUUCGCGAGCAGUUCCCCUGGGACCUGGUGGUCAUGACCCAGGAUUGGCAUCCACGCAACCACAUCUCCUUCAAGGGCUCAGAACUCGGCCGCGCAGUGUACGACGACGAUGAGGAUGUUGUUGAGCGGCGGUGCCACAACGGCGAUCUUGUGUAUCUCCCCGAUGACGUUGACGACAUGAUCUGGCCGCCCCACUGCAUCCAGAACACAGACGGCGCGGACUUUGUGCCAGAGCUCAUGGUCAAGGACGACGACAUCAUCGUUCGCAAGGCGAUGGACCCGGCUGUGGACAGCUACUCUGCAUUCUGGGACAACGCGCGCAAGAGCCAGACGCGGCUGUUUGAGCACCUGUUCAACCACCAGAUUGAGGAUGUGUUCAUCGUCGGCCUUGGCUUCGACUGCGCUGUCGGCCGCACCGCCCGCGACGCCGCAACAUACGGCUUCAACACGCACGUCAUUGAGGACUGCACGUGCUGGUUUGAUGACCGCUGGCGAAACGAAAUGCAUUUGGAGCUCUUUGAUGCCCACGUGCAAGUCAUCAAGACAACCGAUAUUAUCGCGCAUCGCGAGCGCUCCUCCUUUGUUGUUCUCGACAGCAACACCAUUUCCGAAAUCUCCAGCCGCUCAAAGAAGGUUGUCCGCAAGCGCCCGACACAGAAGUUUGUUCGUCGCACUCGCAUGAUCAGCCACGCCUAAUGACUCCCACCGACAGCGUUGAUCCGGAACAUACAAUUGCUACAGUGCUUUAUCAUCAACACGGUAGCCAAUGAAAUGGUUUUCGCUCUCGUCGGUUGCCUCUUCUUUGACCUUUCUCCCUCCCCGUCGCCCUCUCUUCCCGCUUUGCUCCUAUUCCAUGUGGGUUUUUUGUUGUGUGUGUUUCUUCCUGUUGCUUGCUUCCCACAUUCUCAUCUGUUCAUCUGUUUUCGCCCUGCCUGUUCGUUGUCCAUGUGUGUGUGUGUGUGUGUGCGGGUUUGUCCGUCUGUCUGUGUGUGUGUGUGUGUGCGGGUUUGUCCGUCUGCCUGUGUGUGUGUGUGUGUGUGUGUGUGUGUGUGUGUUCUAUGGUUGUUUUUGUGCGCUGUUUCUCCGUUGGCUCCCAGUUCAGUUCACAUCAUUACACACUCGUUUGCCA